AUGUGUAGGGAGAGACGAGAGGAGGGAGGGACAGCCAUGUCUCAACCGGUCGACGAGAAAUCUAAACGAGGUCCAUCGAAUGUGUAUUCCCCAACACAAGCAUACCCGGCAGACCCUCCUCCCUAUCGAGAGCUUGCGCCACCAUAUCAUGGCGGUCCUGCCUACACAUCGUCCAAUAAAAUACCAUUCCCAACCACAAAGCCCAAAUCGAGCAACACAUUUGCUCGCGUUAUGAUUUGCCUUACGGUUGCAUUAAUCUUCGGUGUAUGCCUCUUGAGCCUCAUAUUGUGGGUUAUUUUCGGUUCAGACGUUCCCCAUUUUGAAGUCCAGACGUUUUCCAUUCCCAAUUUCAACUUCACCCAAUCAACACUAAAGGCUAAUUGGGAAGCCGGGUUGAACUUGAAGAAUCCAAACACGAAACUCGAUAUUUCCUUCGAUCAAACCGAAAGUAGCCUUGUUUACAAGAAUUUCAUUCUCGAUACAUCCUCGAUCGAUUCUUUUCAAGUGGAGAGAACAGAAGAAAUCCAUAUGGAUACUGACUUUUUCGUGCCUGCUUCUGAUGACAUAUUUUAUAACACGGCUGAAGCCCCAUGGGUGGAAGAUAUGAUAGAAGAACGACGUAAAGGGAGCAUGGUUUUUGAAGUGAGGAUAAUAACGACUGCUACAUUUAUGGCCGGGGAGUUUUGGAGAAGACAAACAACUUUGGAAGUUGCAUGUGUGGAAUUAAAGGUUGAUUUUCCUGCUCCCACGGGUGGUGGAACCUGGAAUGGUGACAGAAAAGAUUGUAUGCUGUAUAAGUAA